CGCUAAAUUCCAUUCGUUUUUAUGCUUUCUCUAUCAUCCGGUGCCAGUCUAAAGCUCACAGCAAAAACCCUAAUUUCCUAUACACUUUCGAUACGCCGUUCCGUUUUAUCUCUCUCCUCAACGGCAGCCAUGUCUCAGCAACCGGAUACGAAGCCUUUGACCGAGGAAGAGCUCGAACGAAAGAAGAAGAAAGAAGAAAAAGCGAGGGAGAAGGAACUGAAGAAACUCAAGGCCUUAGAAAAAGCUGAGGCAGCCAAACUUAAGGCGCAACAAGGAUCAAAUGCUCCCAAAAAGAGUGCAAAGAAGAGUGCCAAGCGAGAAACUGAUGAUGAGAAUCUGGAGGAUUUUGUGGAUCCCGAGACUCCUUCGGGCGAGAAGAAAAGACUUUCUAAUCAGAUGGCUAAACAAUAUAGUCCAGCUGCCGUGGAGAAGUCUUGGUAUGCUUGGUGGGAGAAAUCUAGUUUUUUUCAGGCUGAUGCAAGCAGCUCGAAACAAUCAUUUGUGAUUGUUCUCCCUCCACCAAAUGUGACUGGGGCCCUACACAUUGGCCAUGCACUAACUGGUGCCAUACAGGACACUAUUAUUCGUUGGAGAAGGAUGUCUGGUUAUAAUACAUUGUGGGUGCCUGGCAUGGAUCAUGCUGGGAUAGCUACGCAGGUGGUUGUAGAGAAAAAGCUAAUGCGUGAAAGACACUUAACUAGACAUGAUGUUGGUCGUGAAGAGUUUGUAAAUGAAGUUUGGAAGUGGAAGACCGAGUAUGGUGGUACCAUUCUGAGUCAGCUACGACGUUUGGGUGCCUCCCUUGAUUGGUCCCGUGAGUGCUUUACAAUGGAUGAGAAGAGAUCAAGGGCUGUGACAGAGGCUUUCAAUCGGCUUUAUAAGGAUGGUCUUAUUUAUAGGGAUUUACGGUUAGUCAAUUGGGACUGUGUCUUGCGAACUGCUAUCUCUGAUAUAGAGGUGGAUUAUGCAGACAUCAAAGAAAGGACCUUGUUUAAGGUACCCAGUAAUGAAAAACCUGUGGAGUUUGGUGUAUUAACCUCAUUUGCUUACCCUUUGGAGGGAGAUUUGGGUGAAAUUGUUGUUGCCACUACAAGGGUGGAAACAAUGCUUGGUGAUACAGCUGUAGCUAUUCAUCCAGAAGACAAAAGGUACAGUCAUCUACACGGGAAAUUUGCAAUUCAUCCUUUCAAUGGAAGAAAACUCCCAAUCAUCUGUGAUGCAAUUCUAGUUGAUCCAAGUUUUGGAACUGGUGCAGUAAAGAUAACUCCAGCUCAUGAUCCAAAUGAUUUUGAGGUGGGCAAGCGCCAUAAUCUUGAAUUCAUUAACAUUUUCACUGAUGAUGGGAAAAUAAAUAGCAAUGGUGGAGCAGAAUUUGCUGGAAUGCCACGGUUUAAGGCGCGUGAGGCAGUGAUUGAUGCACUGCAGAAGAAGAAAUUGUAUAGAGGAGCUCAAAACAAUGAGAUGCGCCUUGGCCUUUGUUCAAGAAGCAAUGAUGUUGUGGAGCCAAUGAUAAAGCCCCAGUGGUAUGUAAACUGCAGUAGCAUGGCAAAGCAGGCUCUUGAUGCAGCAAUGGAUGAUCAAAACAAGAAGCUUGAGUUCAUUCCAAAGCAGUAUACUGCAGAAUGGAAAAGGUGGCUUGACAACAUCCGUGAUUGGUGUAUUUCAAGGCAGCUUUGGUGGGGUCACCGUAUUCCUGCAUGGUAUGUUACAUUGGAAGAUGAUGAACAGAAGGAACUUGGUGCUUACAACGAUCACUGGAUAGUUGCCAAAGAUGAGGAACAGGCUCUGGCAGAAGCUAGGAAGAAAUAUUCCGGGAAGAAGUUUGAGAUGUGCCAAGAUCCUGAUGUACUUGACACCUGGUUUUCUUCUGGUCUUUUUCCGUUAUCUGUGUUGGGAUGGCCCGAUGAUACAGCUGAUUUAAAAGCAUUUUAUCCAACAUCAGUCCUUGAAACUGGGCAUGAUAUUCUCUUCUUCUGGGUUGCUCGGAUGGUUAUGUUGGGAAUUCAAUUGGGAGGGGAUGUACCAUUCAGUAAGGUUUACUUGCAUCCUAUGAUCCGAGACGCCCAUGGGCGUAAGAUGUCAAAGUCUCUGGGAAAUGUAAUCGACCCUCUUGAGGUGAUAAAUGGUAUAUCACUUGAAGGCCUCCAUAAAAGGCUCGAGGGGGGUAAUUUGGAUCCUAAUGAGCUGGCCACUGCCAAAGAGGGGCAGCAGAAAGAUUUUCCUAAUGGUAUUGCUGAAUGUGGUGCCGAUGCUCUCCGGUUUGCUCUUGUUUCCUACACAGCUCAGUCGGAUAAAAUUAACUUGGAUAUCCAAAGAGUUGUGGGCUACAGACAGUGGUGCAACAAAUUAUGGAAUGCUGUUCGUUUUGCCAUGAGCAAGCUUCCGAAUGACUAUACUGCUCCAUCGUCCAUAAAUCCCGAGGCAAUUCCUUUCAGCUGUCGCUGGAUACUCUCAGUGCUGAACAAGGCUAUAUCAAAGACUGUAUUGUCCCUAAAUGCGUAUGAAUUUUCUGAUGCUACCACCAGUGUGUAUUCUUGGUGGCAGUAUCAGUUCUGUGACAUUUUCAUCGAGGCUAUUAAGCUGUACUUUGCUGGAGAUAAUGCAGCCUUUUACUCUGAAAGGAAAUUUGCGCAAGACACUCUUUGGACUUGUUUGGAAAUCGGGCUGCGUUUGCUUCAUCCAUUCAUGCCAUUUGUUACCGAAGAACUGUGGCAGCGCCUUCCAGGACUAAAGAGCUACACAAAGAAGGAAUCUAUAAUGAUAUGUGAAUACCCAUCACCAGUAGAGAGCUGGACAAAUGAAAGGGUGGAAUAUGAAAUGGACCUUGUGGAAUCCACAGUUAGGUCUCUUAGGUCACUCCGAGCUGAGCUGCUUGCUAAGCAGAAGAACGAAAGGUUACCUGCUUUUGCAUUCUGUCAAAAUGAUGAUGUGGCAAAAAUCAUGAGAUCUUGCGAAUUAGAGAUCUUAACCCUUGCCACCUUAUCGUCUUUUAAGGUUCUACUGAGUGGUGUAAAUGAUGCUCCAGCUGGAUGCGUGGUCGAGAAUGUUAACGAAAACCUUAAAGUUUAUCUUAAGGUUCAAGGUGCCCUAAAUGCAGAAGCCGAGCGCGAAAAGAUCAAAACUAAAAUGGAUGAAAUACUGAAGCAGCAGGAGAAGUUGAAGAAGAUCAUCAAUGCAUCGGGAUAUCAAGAAAAAGUUCCAUCUCAUAUUCAAGAAGAGAACGCUGCGAAGCUGGCGAAGCUCCUCCAGGAAUUCGAGUUUUUCAAGAAGGAAAACGAACGUUUAGAAUCCGAAUCGCAGCAUCAACAGUAAGGGUAAUCUCCUAGAAUUUUCCCGAGUGAAUGAUAAUUUGGUUGAGAUUUGUUUUAGUGAUUGUUUCUUGUUACCGUCUAAACCGCACCAAUACAUUUGUGGAUCUUUGAUGUUUGAUCCUUGCAAUGCUUCUCAUGCAGGAAUU